GGUCACUCCUGGAAGCAAGGCCGCCGUAGCUAAUUUAUGUAUUGGAGACAUUAUCACAGCCAUCGAUGGAGAAAAUACCAACGGGAUGACGCAUUUAGAAGCUCAGAACAAAAUCAAGGGUUGCACAGACAACAUGACUCUCACAGUAACCAGAUCUGAACAAAAAAUUUGGUCUCCUCUAGUGACUGAGGAAGGGAAACGCCACCCAUACAAGAUGAAUUUAGCCUCUGAACCCCAAGAGGUCCUACACAUAGGAAGUGCCCACAACAGAAGUGCCAUGCCCUUUACUGCCUCACCUGCCUCUGGCACUGCCCCCAGGGUCAUCACCAACCAGUACAACAACCCAUCCGGCUUGUACUCCUCUGAGAACAUCUCCAACUUCAACAAUGCUGUGGAGUCAAAGACUGCAGCCAGUGGAGGAGAGGCCAAUGGCAGACCCGUGGACCAUGCUCAGGUGUCAGGGGGCCUAAUCAUCGACAAGGAAUCUGAGGUUUACAAGAUGCUGCAGGAGAAGCAGGAGUUGAAUGAGCCCCCGAAGCAGUCCACUUCGUUCCUGGUUCUGCAGGAAAUCUUGGAGUCAGAUGAAAAAGGGGACCCCAACAAGCCCUCCGGAUUUAGAAGUGUGAAAGCUCCAGUCACCAAAGUGGCUGCCUCGAUUGGAAAUGCUCAGAAGCUGCCCAUGUGUGACAAAUGUGGCACUGGCAUUGUCGGGGUGUUCGUGAAGCUUCGAGAACGUCAUCGCCACCCCGAGUGUUACGUGUGCAGCGACUGUGGCACCAACCUGAAGCAGAAGGGCCAUUUCUUUGUAGAGGAUCAGAUCUACUGUGAGAAGCACGCCCGGGAGCGGGUCACUCCCCCUGAGGGCUACGACGUGGUCACCGUGUUUCCCCAGUGAUGCACAGGCCACGCCGACUGGGCUCCGACUCCUCUGCGGACAGCCCGCUGGCCUCCCUCU